UACAAAAGAAAUUUCAUCGAACCCCCCUCUCUCUCUCUCUCUCCGUUGGAACCACGGCAAGAUCUGAGAACUCGAAUAGCAAGUCUCUCUAUCUCUCUCUCUAGAGUCUGCAAUGGAAGACAUGAGAGUUUGACGACUCUUGAAGCGAGCAAAGCAACCGACGGAGGCGUAUUUCUGUGUUCGGCCAUGGCUGAUUACUCUAAAGACGAGUUGUUACAGCUGAUCAAGAGAUUUGGGGCCUAUCUCACUGUCAAGAUGUCCAAUCUCUUCUCGAUCUCCCCCGAUAAUCUCGAUACACAGUCUAUUGGGGCUUUAGCAGGGCUUGCCAUUGCCAUACUUUUUACAUGGAGACUAUUGAGAUCAACUAGUGGGGCUCAAAGAAGACAGCCUAAACGGCAAGCUACUACUCCUAGUAGUUCUGGUGUCGUCAGUACUCAUUCAAAUGCAAAUUUGACAUUUUCCGGAGACUUGUCUUCAGAAGAUUCAAGAGCACAAAAUGUUAUUGAUGAGUUCUUCCAGCCCAUAAAGCCAACUUUAGGACAAAUAGUUAGACAGAAGCUGAGUGAAGGAAGGAAGGUAACAUGCCGGUUACUUGGUGUGGUUCUUGAGGAAACUAGUCCAGAGGAGCUUCAGAAACAAGCGACUGUGAGAUCCUCUGUGCUGGAAGUACUGCUGGAGAUUACAAAAUUCUGUGAUCUUUAUCUCAUGGAAAGAGUUCUGGAUGAUGAAAGUGAAAAAAAGGUUCUCACAGCUUUAGAAGAUGCUGGGGUCUUCACAUCUGGUGGCUUGGUCAAAGACAAGGUUCUCUUUUGUAGCAUAGAGAAUGGCCGGACAUCUUUCGUUCGGCAACUAGAGCCAGAUUGGCAUAUUGACUCAAAUCCUGAAAUCGUUUAUCAGCUGGCGCGAUUCAUCAAAUAUCAACUCCACAUUUCUCCCAUCAAACCUGAGCGAACUGCUGCUAAUGUUUUCAGCUCUCCAUCCUUGGAACAGUUCUUUGGAAGCAUUUGAUGCGAAAGCCAUGUGUUUCACUUCUUUUAGGUUUUCUUUGCUCCGUAGGGUUUAAAGUGCUGCAUCAUACCUUGUAUCGAGGUCAUUGUUGUCACUCAAAUGUUUUCUGGUGCUCGCCAGGAGUUGCUGAUUUUCAGCUUAGAGCUCCAAUGUGUAAUACUUCUCUAUUGAGCCAAAAAAGUUUUCUGUGUCUCAUCUUUGUGCAGUAGAUUAGCUUACAUUUAAUCAACAUUGACUGUUAAAACUCAUAAAAUGGUUGUCUGUAAUUCAUCCCAGUUAAACAUAUGCAGUUACGAAUGAUAAUUUGUUUAUCUUUUGUGCCGCUGUUGGAAAGUCGAAAUUUGUCA